AAUAGUAUUUGUCCUUAAUGAGUCACAAAUUCAUGUAACAGUUUUAUAGAAGAAUAUCCAACGAUCUGUUAACGUUCUGAGAUUAUUUGUUCAUAUGAAGCUCACACUUGUUUAACACAUCGCAAACAGAAUGCCAGAAAGAGUUGUUGUUGUCCAGCCUAAGCCAGGAUGUCCAGUAUGCGGUAACAACAGUUGGACUGGAACGUACCCAUGCUUGGGCUGGUUGUUGGCGAUAGUCUGUUUCCCAUGUGGUAUAAUUUUGUGCUGUUGCAUGAGAAAGAAGAAGUGCACAAAAUGCGGAUUCACGGUGUGAUUAAAAGAGGAAAAAUUCUAUUUCCAAUAUUUGCGUACUUAUCUUGGAAUGUAAUUAAUAAUUUUCUAUUGCUUAUUGAAAACAUUGAUAACUUAUCCACGUUCCCUUAACACCGAUGAGGCAAUCAUCUAAAAAAGAUUAUCUUGGUCUAUGAGAUAUGAAAUGCAAUGUGUAUUUAAACUAUAAUUAUACAUACUGAGAUUUGUACACUUAUUGUUUUAUAUUAUACAUAAUUUUAUUUUUAAUAUAAAUCUUCUACACCU